AUGGGCGAGCCGGUGCUCCUCCUCCCUCCGCCCGAGGAGCUGGAUCUCGACGAGCCGGAGGACAGCUAUUACGCCAACAUUCGCUGCGCCCUCCUCGUGCUCCUCCUCCUCGCCGCGACGCAGGCCGGAGCACUCGUGUUCACCCGCCGCUCGCUCGGCCCCGCCAACGCCGACGACAGCCGCGACUCGGUCCCCGUGCUGAUGUGCGCGCUGGCGCAGGGGCUGACGUGGGCGCGCGCCGCGCUCCUGCUGCUGCUGCUCGGAGGCUGGGUCGACGCGCUGCCCCACGCCGUCGGCGCCGCCUCGUUUGUCACUUCGUGGGUCGUCACGCCUUUUGCGUACCUGUACCACGAGGCGGUCGGCGUGGGGUACGGAUGGGGAGCGAGCGGCGUGGUGUCGCGCGCGGCUGAGGCAGCCGCCGUGCUCGCCCUCCUCGCCGUCCUGCUCCACGGCAUCCUCUCGCUGCUGUCGACAAUGCUGCCGCCGACGCUGCUCAACCUCUCGGGCAUGGCGGCUCCGGCAGCCGCAGCCGGCGGCCGCGCCGGCG